UCUGAACUCCAAGCGAGCAGUUGGGAGCAUGGCGGAGGCUGAGACUGAGACUGAGGAAUGGACGAAGACACGUGGAUGCAGGAAGAUUCUCCAGACCCUCGAGGGGGCUAUUGAGCAAUUCAAAUUCCAUUCCAGGCUGGCUAUUUCAGAUGAUUUAAAGGUUGGCUUCUUUACUUCAGACCAUGCUACUCAGACAGACUGCAGUGAAGUUUUUCCAUUGAAAGAUUUGACUCAAUCCACAGAAAAGUUAAUGCGUAUUAUUACAUCACUUCACGUGGAUUUUGGGUUCCUCAAAGAUUUGGUUCAACUGAAGUUCGAGGAACGACUUAAAGAGGAGUCUUGGAAAAUUGUUGGUAUGCUCUGUGACAAAAUGUUAGAGGUGAAGAGGCAUUACCAGCAGGGAGAAGAUAUCAUGAGAAAAAGCUUUCAACAGCAGCUAUGUGAUGCCAUAGCUAUUAUCAAAGGAAUGUACAAGAAAUACUUCGAAAUAGAAGAUGAGAAAGCUGCCCUGCAAGAUGCAGACGAUGUCAAAUUGAAUGUUUUGAGGAGAAAACUGAAAGAGAAAGAAGAAGUUAUUAAGAAUUUAAAGAAUGAAUUAGAACUAUACGAAGAUUUUGGAUUUAAAAAAGUUGACUCUUUUGCCAAGGAGUCCAUCUCUCCAAAAACAAUCUCAGAAAAGGAACUUAUAGACUGCAGGGCAGAGAAUGAAAGGUUAAUACAAAUUAUCGCAGACCUUGAGGAAGAAUCACGGACAGCCUUAAGAGAAAACGCAAUAUUAGAGGAUGAAGUUAUGUAUCUGAAAGAGAUUUCAGACCAGGAUCAGCGAACUAUUCAAAAGUUAAUGGAUAGUAGAGAGAGACUAAGGUAUGAGCUGGAUUGUGAAAAAGUAGCCAUUCAAGACAUGAUCAACAGACAGAAAGAAGACAUUGAAGUUAAAAGAAAGUUUGCCAGUAUAAGCAGCCAUUAUGGAGGCAAGAGAGGAACAUUUGGCAAAGGAAGAGAAGCUUCUAUCUAUACAACACAUCAAACCAGAGAGGGGGUACAUUUUCUGCGGCCUCCUGCAGCGUCCCUCAGUGUAUCUCCAAAGAUGAAAAGGAAGUUGUCCUCGAAGAAAUAUGUUAAUACUGCAAUUGUUCCUGAAGCUACAGUCACUGAGACAACAGUCACUGUUCCUGCCACUGCUGAAAUUUUCACACAGCUCCUUGCAAAGCCUUCAGAGAAGCAUGUUACAUUUCUACUACCUAAUAUGGUGCCUGAAGAAUUAUUUCUGAAAUAUCAUGCGGUUAAGGAAGAAGAAAAAAAAGUUUUGGAGAAUCAAAUAGAGAUUUUAAAAACUGCAUUGGAGGAUGAGGGAAAGAGACUGGAAAGGUUUAAAAAAGAUGCUGAUCAGGCCAACAAAAACUGGGAGAAGAAAUUUCUUAUCCUCAAGAACAGCUUUCAUGUCCUAAAGAAUGAGAUGUUCACUAGACAAGCACUUUACCGGCAGUGUGCAAUGACUGGUGACACCUCCUUCAAUUAUAUUAAAGUUAAGCCCUUGUAUGUGCACUCCACUGUGAACAUGGCAGAGCCAUCCUCUCCUCCAAAUGUCCCUCAUCCACCAAUGGUGGACCCCAGCAAUGAGAACACACGCAGUGAUCAGGUGUUUCCAGGAGUCACCUCGGAUUCUAGAAACAACACGGACUCCCCGGAGAGAGAGGACCAUUUUCCGUGAGGCUGAGGCUGCAUCUUGGAGCAGAUGUAAUCAUCCCAGGACCACUACCUUAGCUAUUCAAGCAAGAACGACCUCUUUGGAUAUCGCAAAAGUACCAGAACCAAGACAACAUUCAGAGAGGCAACACUUUUAUCAAGACAGCUUAAUCACGUGUUCUUCUGACCCCUUGGCACAAGACUUUCUAUUUAAGCAUAAAGCUCAUGUCCUUACCCUGAAGAUGAACCUGGGGUCAAUGAACCCCUUUACCUGUUCUUCCCAUGUGACCACAUUAAGUAAA